UCUCACGUAAUUGUAAUUUCAACAACAUUUCUCUCGUAGUAGCAGCAGCAGCAGUCUACUCGCGUUUCAUCAAGAGUGUACGCGGUUUUGCCAGCAGAGAGCGCGUAAACGCCGCCGUCUCUCGACGAAUGCCAUGCCGCGCAUACCAGUGCGCCGCUCCAUCUCUCUCUGCUCUCUUAUGCUGCUCCUCCACCGACCGAUCUUGUGUCGAGCAUUUCGUAGCAACGGAGCCAACUGUUCCUAUUGCAGCGAAUUCUGUCAUCAUUAAGGCACGAAUGAACCGACAAGAUCAUUCUUGAGGCAGAAGUGCGGCACGCGGAUGAUGUACGCAAACGAGUGUACGAAAAUUUGCGAAGGAAUGCAGACUUGAGUCAGCGCAAGAGCUCUAGUGGAGUCGCAGUCUAAAGCGACUGUCUCGGCACGACGACGAAGACAGCGAUCGACCGAGACGGAAAAUCCAUACACGCUACACUCGCACGCACACUUCUCCGUUUCUCUCUCUCUCUCUCUCUCUCCCUCUCUCCAUCCGUCGAGGGAGCGAAAAGAAUGCACGCAGCUGCGGCGGCGCGACGGAGAAGAAAACGCGCGCUACUCGAUGCCGACAGGAGUAGGGAAGAGCGGCGGCCGUACAGUGUAGUGUCAAAACGUACACACAGCGCGCGCCAGUCUUCGCUGGAUCGUCGUCGUGUCUGCAGCUGUCGGCGACGCGCGUAUAUGCAUACGUAAUACACAGAGACGGAGACAUUCCGUUGUUGUUUCCUUCAUCUCUAUUUCGAUUUUUCGUUGCGAAACUUUCGCGAGUGCCAGGGGCAAGGCAACGACGUUUUAUUCCUACAUUGUAGCAGGCAGAGGAUACACGCGGAGGAAAAAUAACAACGCACGUGUGACUUCCGGGGUCUGAAGCAGCAGCAGCAGCAGCAGCAGGCGAAGCGGAAGAACGAGAAAGCAGUCGAGGGGAAGCAAAGGAUCGAGCGGUAGGAGGAGGAUGUCCGCGGUCGAGAGCGCUCUCGACGUCCUCUCCAGGGCCGCCACCAUGGUGCAAGCAGAAGAAAGGCCGAAGGCAACGAGUCUUCACCGCAAGCCGAGCAGUGCCUGGCGCAAGGAGCGCAGGCGCGACCCUAUCCAGAGCGAGGCCUUGGACAUGUCGGCGGCUCGCGUACACAGUCGGCCCAGCGUCAUCGUGCCCACGACCGCCGCGGCCCAGCCUGGACUUGAUUCGCCCGAGAAUCACGCCGAGUUUCUCACUGGAGCAACGACGGAGGACACGGCAGUGACGCCAACGGCGAGCGUGACGCCCUCGGCGGCGACGCGAGGCCAGCGCACGGGGAUGAGGCAAGCCGGGGUGGCCAGCGACCCCGCGAUAGACGAGCACUUCAAGCGCUCCCUGGGACUGAAGGACUACGCGGCCGUCUUCAACGCCGCCACGACCGACAAGGAGACCGGCCUCAGUGUGGACGACCACUUCGCCAAGGCUCUGGGCGAGACAUGGACGAGGUUGCAGGCGACCAGUCGAAGCAAGGACUCGACAUAACUUUGCCGAUCUUCGUCUUCCCUCUACUCGUCUGCCACAUCUACCACGUCUACCACAUCACUCGCGUCUCAGCUGCGCAGCUCAUCUCCUCGCUCAUCGCUCUCCUACUCUUCCUUUUAUAUAUUGUAUAUGUGCGAUGCUACGCUACGUUAUUAUGUGCUCCGUCGCGAGACGAGGCUGCGGGACGUCGACGCUCUCUCACUCUAUCUCGACGAUACUUUGUGUAAAUAGAUAUUUCUCUUCGCGGCGACGCACCUACGCACCACCGCAGUAGAUUAUACGACGCUGCUGCAGCCGUAUACUUAGUUUAUUUAUUCGGAUCCUGUUACGAUUAAUUAAUUUUAUCAUCAUCCUAGGCGUAUUAUUAAUAUUAUAUUAUAUUAUAUUAUAUUAUAUUUUAUUUUAUUACAUCAUAGAUUGCGGUUAUUUUUAUUGUAUUAUUUUAGUCAGCGAAUUUCCACGAUCAUCAUGCACGCUGUUCCGUAUAUCGUUGUACGCGGCGACCUUUACAUUUUAACUUUCGUUGUCAUCAUUGCUUUGGUUCCUCUCGCAAGUCUGCAAUACUACGCAUCUGCGCGUCCGAAACGUGCACGAUUCAAGCAAACAACUGAUAAAUAGAGCUAGAUUUAUACUGUAACUUGUUAUUAGUCGAUAUACGAUUAACGAGUCGCGAUAACGGAUUAUCAUGUAUAAUCAAUGAUGUGCGCGUUAUGUCCGUUGUACGGAGUUUAAAAGUGCGGGCGACGCCAGUCUCCCGAAUAAAACGAACGUUCCUGUAUCACUUAAAUUGC